AUGCUCGCUCGCUCCGCCGCGCUGCCCUCUCUCCGCAGCAGCAGCAACACCAGCUUCGUCUCCGCGGUUCACCGCGCGUCGCGUUCCACCGCCGCUCUUCCCCCGCGGCCCCCGCUUCCCGCUCUUCCGCCUUCCUCGGUUGUACUCCCCACCGCUCUCUCACUGCUCGGUUCCGCGGCGGCGCGGUCACACCCUGCGACGCCUGCGAUCGCAUUUUCCGCCGCCGUCCGCCAGUUUCGUCGCUCAGCGUCGCAGAGCGUGCGUGCGAUGGCGUCUGGCGACGAAUCCGCGGGGCUGGUGGCGACCCACGGCGAGGACAGCUGCAUCUUCUGCAAGAUUGUGGACGGCAAGAUCCCGUCGCACAAGGUGUGGGAGACGGAGCACGCACUCGCCAUCCUGGACGCCUUCCCCAUGGCGCGCGGCCACACGCUCAUCAUCCCCAAGAAGCACAUAUCCCCCUCCGCCAUCCCUCCGCCAUUCCUCCGCCAUCCCUCUCGUCAUCCGGCCGCCAUCCCUCCGCCAUCCCUCCGCCAUCCUUCCUCCAUCCGUCCGCCAUCUCUCCGCCAUCUCUUAACCAUCCCUCUGCCAUUCCCCUCCCGGCUUGUUGAUAUGCCGGAGGAGGAGAGUGUGCAGCUGCUGAAGCUGCUGCCAGCGGUGUCCAAGGCCGUGCGCACCGCCACAGGCGCAGAGGGCGUCAACAUCUUCCAGAACAACGGGGGGCCGGCAGGGCAGGUGGUCUUCCACGUGCACGUGCAUGUGCUGCCACGCACCGAAGCAGACGGGCUGCUAUCGUUUGGCAAGAGCGGGCCCAUGAUUGCAGCAGAGGAGGCCAAGGAGAUCAAGGAGGCCAUAGCUGCUGCUCUCCCUUCCAACCAGUGA